AGGUUUGAAGGCGGGAAAGGAGAAAAGAAAAAGUGCCUAACCUCUUUUCGCGAUAAACGUAGUGAUGUUUAGAGAUGUAAUUUUCUUUUUCGAUAAUUUAUAAAAUAUCGUAAAAGUUUGUUUGCUUAAUAUAUUUGUGUAAUUUCUUUGCACUGUGUAUGAUUUUUAUUUGUAAUUGUUUAGUGUAUGUUUUAUAUAUAAAUAACAAUGGAUAAUAAGUAUGCUCAUAUGAUUCAAACAAAUUUUUCAUUAUAUGGUUUGGUACUGUCAAGAGAGCUUAAAGUAUCUCUUGCAAAGCAACUAUUAAAAAUACCAGAAAACAAACGUGAAUCUGGGCUCAGUCGUAUUAUAGAACUGAUCUUGGCUCAAAACUUGAAUGAUCCACAUGUUAGAGCGGAACAUAUAAAAAUUGCUAUAGAAGAAUACUUAGAGCCAAGAAAAUUGAAAGAUACGGAAACAGUGUUUAAUGUUAUUGACGGAUAUGAUAUCCCAAAGCUCAAGUAUGACAUUUCUAAAGAAAAAUUUAUUAUUGACAAUAAAAACUCAUAUCCUGAAACGCAAUAUAGAUCAUUGGUUUUUAAACAUCGUUUUGAGCUGGCAUGGUAUAAAACUUUAAGGCAUAAGCAAUUUCUGUCUUCCAAAUUUGAGAGACAGCAAACAGAUAAGAUAAAUUUAAUACCUAUCGAAUAUUUAUUAAGUGAGCUUAGAAUGGGAAAUGUGUAUGUAAUGGGUCUGAUAACACAAUUAAUGGAAGAUCAAUAUUAUUUGGAAGAUACAAGUGGAACUGUCAAGAUUGAUCUCAGCGAAACAGAUUUUCAAGAUACUUUUAUUAUGGAAGGCUAUAUAGUAAUAGCUAGCGGUGUUUACAAGGACAAUGUAUUAUAUGUAAAAAGUAUCAAUCUUCCACCAAUAGAAUCAUCGAAGAGCUUGCGCUCAGAUUUUAAUAAUGCGAAUACAUUUGGUGGUCCACAUAAAAUAUCUUUAAAAAUGUCAGAAAAGUUACGAGUUCACGAAUGGGAUAACCAGGAUGAAAUGAUAGUAUUCAUAGCAGAAUUAUGGUUGGAUGUUCCACACGUAUUAGAAAAAUUUAACACAGUACUGAAUGGUUACGCGGCUUACCCUCCUAUUGCUUUUGUAUUGUGUGGCCAUUUCUUAAGUUUUUCAAAUAUAACUAAUGUGCAAGCUUUGCUAAUAGGUUUUAAAAAUUUGGUUGAUAUAAUAACACAACAUAGAGAUGUAAAGGAAUCUUCCAAAUUUGUUUUUGUACCUGGUCCACACGAUUUAGGCUCUCCCAAAAUUUUACCAAAACCUUCUUUGCCCAAAUGCAUCAUUGAAGAAGUCAGAAAAAUGUUACCAAACGCUAUUUUCACUACAAAUCCAUGUAGAAUACAGUAUUGUACAAAAGAAAUUGUAAUAUUAAGAGAAGACAUGUUAACUAAGAUGUGCAGAAAUGCGCUUCAUUUUCCGAAAGAGGAGGAUUUUUUUAAACAUUUUGCCAGAGCCAUCAUCAGCCAAUCACACUUGACGCCUGUGCCUCUUCAAGUUGUUCCAAUAUAUUGGAGAUAUGAUCACGCUUUACAGAUAUUUCCAACACCAGAUCUUAUUGUGAUUGCUGACAAUUUUAAAACCUACAAGACUAAUUAUUCUGAUUGUUAUGUGAUAAAUCCUGGAAUGUUUUCAAAAAACAAUUUUUUGUUUCAAGCUUAUGUGCCUGCCAUCAAUCAGAUCCAAGAUUGUCAGCUUCCAAGUGACACUAAUGUUGCUUAAUUAAGAAUUAUGUGAAAAAUCAUGGAAAAUUUUUUGUUUUAUGUAGACAGAAGUGAUUUGUUUAUAAUUUUAUAUAUUUAUUUUGUUUCAAUAACAAAAUUUUGGUUAUUUUUACAAUAUUUCAAAAACGCGCCAAUAAUAGAUCACUAAAUUACAAUUUUCGACAUUAUAUAAACGCGAAAACAAAUUAAGCCCAAGGACAAAGAAUAAUUUAAUUAUGAAGAGGACCUUUGAAUAAUUUCUUAUCAUUAUUUUCUGUGCCCAGUGAUACGAUAGGAAAUAUUAAGAACUAACUUGGCGACAAUUUCAAUUUUUAAAAUGAAAUACUUGUGAUAUCAUAAACAUAAUACACAUUUUCUAAUUGUUUCUAUGUUUCUUUCUCAUAUCUCCUGUAUUAGAAUGACUAAUAGAUUCAUGUAUCAGAUCAUGAAUACAUAAAUGGACACAGA